UAGAAACUUCAAAACAAAAGAAUUAUAUAAAUAAAUAUUAACUUUAUUAUAAUCUCUCAUUGACCGGCAACCGGCUAAUCCAGGUUCCAUCUUCCUCCUUCGCUCUCUGCAACGUCUCACGCGCUCUCACUCGCCAUGUUUCUUUCUCUCGAACUCCCCAGUUCACACCCACCAACAGAAAAAAACCACAAAGCCUCGCCGCUCUCAAAUCCCAACUCAUUCGUUCACACACCCCAUACAAAUUCUUCUGUAACACCCAUCAAGAUUCCCCACCCGACUUUCGAGAGAAUCUCUGCGAAUUCCUUGCCUAUUUUGACGACCAAUAUAUGGCAUCAUCCAAGCUCUUCCCAUCUUCCACUUCGCGAAUUUCGGAUCUAUCUCGAGGUUCUUCUUCUUCUUCUUCUUCUUCUUCUUCCUCUUCUGCUUCCCUUUUAAAACCCCAAUUUCUCUCCAAUCGCCGCUCGAGGAAUUAUGAUAACCCCCCAUCUCGUAGUCGACCCCAUACUCUUACUUCAAUGACCGUCGAUGGCUUACUUCGUAAUGGGUACGAUUCCAAUAAUCCCACGGAAUCGUCUAUUCUCUUAGAUGCACAGAUUACUCUCGUUGAUUCCCCUAACCCCACUUCUCUUCCCAUGAAUUCUACCACACCCACCACCACUAAUUCCUCUGCCGUCAUUGAUAGCAAUCACGAUUCUUCUUCCGGUGCGCCGCCGCUCAAGACUGUGGAUGAUGUGUGGAGGGAGAUUGUUUCUGGUGAGAGGAAGGAAUUGAAGGAGGAGAUUACUGAUGGGGUGUUAACCCUCGAGGAAUUUCUUUCGAAAUCUGGAGCUGUGCCUGUUGAGGAUGUUAAAUUGCCGCAGACUGAGAGGCUGAGUGGAGGGAUUUUUUCGUUUGAUCCAAUUCCUUCCACCACAUUUCAGGCAUUGGAUAAGGUUGAAGGAUCCAUUAUUGGGUUUGCUAAUGGGGUCGAUUUGAUUGGAAGUGGUGGAAGUGGGGGGAGGGACAAAAGAGGGCGAGCUGCUUUAGAACCUUUAGAUAAGGCUGCAGAGCAAAGACAGAGGAGGAUGAUCAAGAACAGGGAGUCUGCAGCAAGGUCUAGAGAACGGAAGCAGGCUUAUCAAGUGGAAUUAGAGUCGUUAGCUGUAAGAUUAGAGGAGGAGAAUGAGCGGCUUUUGAGGGAAAAGGCUGAGAGGACUAAAGAGAGGUUCAAGCAGAUAAUGGAAAAGGUGAUUCCUGUGGUUGAAAAGCGACGACCCCCACGAGUCAUUCGGCGAGUUAAUUCCAUGAAAUGGUGAUCUAUUCAUCUUCCACGAGAUGGGUACAAUCAAUAACAAAAGCAGUAAGGACAAGAAGAGACAGAAGAGAGAACUAGGCAAUAGUAUUUAACAGUUACUUAAAAACAUAUUCUUUGCUACUGAUGGUUGAGGAACAUGAGAGGAAAAGUGGUGGCAAUCACAAAUCCUUUUAUUAUAGAACUGAGUGGCAGAGACAAAACAACAGCACCAGGAUACAUGAAAGCCAGAUGAUUUAUAGGCGUUAUUAAGACAAAGUGGAUCAGAGCAAAUAAAAAAGAUAGAAACUUGAGGUGCUCAACUUGUCUCUAUCUCACAUUUUUCUUUUUUUCUAAAUGCAUGAGAGAGUAAAUAGAGGAAGAAGUUGAGUUGAGUAGAUUUUUUUUUGGUUCAAAUUAUGGUUUUGUUGGAUAGUGGAAAUCUAACAACAUAUGACAAAACUAUGCCUUGUUUUGUUAUAAUACAUACUUGCUUGAAUAGUUUGGUGGUAAUAGAGGUAUAUAAUUUAUAAUUUA